AUGGCGGGAGUUUUAAGAAUCCACGUCAGCGGUACGAAGAAUCAGGUUGCGUUUAAGUCCGUCACCAAACAGACCUUUAAGAGACCGUCCGUGAUCAGAUGUGCCGCCUAUUCUCCGAAGAAACAGUACAACAUCGCCGUGCUUCCCGGCGACGGCAUCGGCAACGAUGUUAUCCCAGUCGCCGUCGACGCGCUUCGCCUAGUUGGAUCACUCGAAGGUUUGGAAUUUACCUUCGAGGAAUUGCCGAUCGGAGGUGUUGCUUUAGAUCUAGUGGGAGUUCCAUUACCGGAGGAAACGUUGAGAAGGGCAAAGCAAUCAGACGCUGUUCUUCUCGGAGCUGUUGGAUGGCCUCAAUGGGAUGAUCAACCGAAGCAUUUGAAGCCGAUAACCGGCUUGUUGCAGCUCCGUGCCGGUCUUGAAGUAUUCUCCAAUUUAAGACCAAUCAGAGUUUUCCCUCAGUUGAUUGGUUCGACAUGUCUGAGAACAGAGACAGUACAAGGAGUAGAUCUAAUGAUCAUCCGGGAGCUUACUGGAGGUAUUUACAAUGCACAGCCUCGGGGAUUUACUACAAAUGAAAAAGGUGAAGAAGUUGGGUUUAGCACUGAGUCCUACUCUUCUAGUGAGGUUGAUCACAUAGCUCGUGUUGCAUUUGAGAUUGCUAAGCAACGGCGUGGUAAACUUUGCUCUGUUGACAAAGCUGCCAUCUUGGAGGGAUCAAUGUUGUGGAGGAAAAGAGUUACAGAAAUGGCCUCAGAGUAUCCUGAGGUUGAGGUGACUCAUCUGCUCAUUGACACCGCUGCAAUGGAUCUUAUUCGCCACCCCAAACAGUUCGAUAUCAUCUUGACUGGGGUCAUGUUUGGUGAUAUUCUCUCUGAUCUCGCUGCUGUGAUCCCCGGAAGUGUAGGAUUGCUUCCAUCUGCUUCCCUUGGUGAUUCAGGUCCGGGAAUCUUUGAACCUGUGCAUGGCUCUGCACCUAAACACUAUGGAAAGGACACAGCGAAUCCAUUAGCCUCUGUUCUAUCAGCUGUAAUGCUUUUGAGAUACGGAUUGAAGGAAGAAAAGGCUGCAAAGAGGUUAGAAGAAGCGGUUUUCGAUGUUCUUGAUCGCGGAUUCAGAACACGUGAUAUUCACACUACUGGAACUAUAUUGGUAGGUUGCAAGAGAAUGGGCCAGGAGAUCAUGAGCUCUCUGAAUGCCAAAGUCUUGGUUUCAAAUGGACGUUUCAAUUAG